AUGAGAAUCAGCAACUUGAUCGUUGCGGCCUCUGCCGCCACCAUGGUGUCCGCUCUCCCUAGCCGCCAGAUGAAGAAGCGUGACUCUGGCUUCAAGUGGGUUGGUACUAGCGAAUCCGGCGCCGAGUUCGGCUCUGCCCUCCCCGGUACCCUGGGAACCGACUACACCUGGCCCGAGACCUCCAAGAUUCAGGUCCUGAGAAACAAGGGCAUGAACAUCUUCCGUAUCCCCUUCCUCAUGGAGCGUUUGACCCCCGAUGGCUUGACCGGCUCUUUCGCUUCGACCUACCUCUCUGACCUGAAGUCGACCGUCGAAUUCGUCACCAACAGCGGUGCCUACGCUGUCCUUGACCCCCACAACUACGGACGUUUUGAUGGAAGCAUCAUCGAGUCCACCUCCGACUUCAAGACCUGGUGGACGAACGUCGCUACUGAAUUCGCCGACAACGACAAGGUCAUCUUCGAUACCAACAACGAGUACCAUGACAUGGAGCAGUCCCUGGUUCUGAACCUCAACCAGGCUGCUAUCAACGGUAUCCGUGCCGCUGGUGCCACCACUCAGUACAUCUUCGUCGAGGGUAACGCCUACACUGGUGCCUGGGACUGGACUACCUACAACGAUGACCUGUCUGGCCUGACCGACAGUGAGGACAAGAUCAUCUACGAGAUGCACCAGUACCUUGACUCCGACAGCUCCGGUACUUCGGAGACCUGUGUCAGCUCCACGAUCGGCAAGGAGCGCAUUGAGAAGGCUACCGAGUGGCUGAAGACCAACAACAAGCAGGGUAUCAUCGGUGAGUUCGCUGGUGGUGUCAACUCCGUGUGUGAAGAGGCUGUCGAGGGCAUGCUCGCGUACAUGUCCGAGAACUCCGACGUCUGGGUUGGUGCUUCCUGGUGGUCUGCCGGUCCCUGGUGGGGAACCUACAUGUACUCUCUGGAGCCCACCGAUGGCACCGCCUACUCCACCUACCUGCCCAUCCUCGAGAAGUACUUCCCCAGCGGUGAUGCUUCCUCCUCCAGCUCUGCCUCUGCCUCCGUUGCCGCUGCUACCUCCGCUGUUUCCACCACCACUGCCGCUUUUGAGCAGACCACCACCCCCGCCACCCAGGUUGAGAUUGCCUCUUCCUCUUCUUCCUCUUCGGCCGUCGCCGCCAGCCAGACUACCCUCAGCAAGGUCAAGUCCAAGUCCAAGUCCCCUUGCAAGCUGUCCAGCGCCACCUCCAGCGCCGUCUCUAGCGCUGCCGCUGCCACCACUCCUGCCGCCGCUGCUACCACUCCUGCUGCCGUUGCUACCACCCCUGUUGUCGUUGCCACCACCCCUGCCGCCGCUCCUACUUCUUCCAGCGUCGCUUUCGCCACCACUUCCGUUUACGUUCCCACCACCACUGCCGCUGCCCCCAGCCAGGUUAGCUCCAGCGCUGCUGCUAGCAGCAGCGGUGUCGUCGGUGUCAGCGACCCCCAGGGUCCCUCGGCCACCAACUCUGCUGGUGAGGUGAACCAGUACUACCAGUGCGGUGGUAUCAACUGGACCGGUCCUACCGUCUGUGCCAGCCCCUACACCUGCAAGGUCCAGAACGACUACUACUACCAGUGCGUUGCUGAGUAA